GGCGCAGGCUUGGGCGCGUCGCUCCCGGCGGCGGCGGCGGCUGUGGCGGCGGCGCAGUUCCCGUUCCUGUUGCUGCUGCCGUUCUGUCGGGGUGGGCCGAGCGCAGGGCCGGGAGGCAGCGGACGUAGCUCGUCCUCGCUGCUGUUCCUUCCUUCCCUCUGCCUCUCAGCCGCCGGUGCUGGUGGCGGGGAGGGAGCGCGGGGCGCCAGCGCGGCGCCGCAUGCGUCGCUGAUGGAGCCGGGCUCGGGGCUGCCGCAGCGCAGGUUGGGGGGCGGCGGGUUGGACCUCGGGACGGGUUCCGCUGGGGGUUCGCCGGCUCUCUCCGGGGGACAGGCCCGCCGCAGGAAGCAGCCGCCGCGCCCGGCCGACUUUAAGCUGCAGGUGAUCAUCAUCGGGUCGCGGGGGGUGGGCAAGACCAGCCUCAUGGAGCGCUUCACCGACGACACCUUCUGCGAGGCCUGCAAGUCCACCGUGGGUGUUGAUUUUAAAAUCAAAACAGUAGAGCUAAGAGGAAAGAAAAUUAGAUUACAAAUCUGGGACACAGCAGGUCAGGAGAGAUUCAACAGCAUUACCUCAGCUUAUUACAGAAGUGCCAAGGGAAUUAUUUUGGUGUAUGAUAUCACCAAGAAGGAAACAUUUGAUGAUUUACCAAAAUGGAUGAAAAUGAUCGAUAAGUAUGCUUCAGAAGAUGCAGAGCUUCUAUUAGUUGGAAAUAAACUGGACUGUGAAGUUGAUCGAGAGAUUACUCGACAGCAGGGAGAAAAGUUUGCACAGCAGAUAACUGGGAUGCGGUUCUGCGAAGCAAGUGCCAAGGAUAACUUUAACGUGGAUGAAAUCUUUCUAAAGCUUGUUGAUGACAUUCUGAAAAAGAUGCCACUGGAUGUUAUAAGGAAUGAGCUGUCCAACAGUAUCCUGUCCUUGCAACCAGAGCCAGAAAUCCCACCAGAACUGCCUCCUCCAAGGCCGCAUGUCCGUUGCUGUUGACUUGUUACUCCACGCAGUGAAGAAGAAGAGCAGGAGGGUCAAAGAAGUUUUCUGUACUACUCUGCACUACAAUCAUUUGGCAGUUUCUUGUUGCACUUUGUUAUUCGAGUCAGAGCUACACACUAACUUGUAAAUAUGCAAAUAUGCAAUCCUGUGUAGGAUUCAGCUAUAACAUUUAAUUAUUACCCCCCCCCCCCCCCUCACCGUGAUGAUGGUUCAUUCAUUGCCCCAGUGUUAUAAAUACUGUACAGUGGGUGGGGGUUGACCACACUUCCAGAUGGGGAGGAGGAAGAGGAGGCGGAGAAAUUAAAUCCAUACCUAUUCUUGACAUAAAUGUUGUAAUAGUUCUUUGUUAUUCUAAACAGGCAGAAGCUCUUCUGGUAUGAAGAUCAGUAUUUGGUGCUUUGCUAACUAUUUUAAAGACAAAUUUUUUUAAGAACAGAGGACUUCAUGUACAAAGCUUCCAUAAUCAGCAUUACCUUUCCUUUUUAACGUAGUGAAAACUUCUUCUGGCUGUUGCAUCUUCUGCUGACUGGAUUUAUCAAGAAGCUAAGUCUAAUUUUUGUUUCUUUUUUAUUAUUAUUAUUAUUAUUGGCAAUCUUUUUAUUUAUUGCAUUCUAAAUGCUGCACCCUCUCUUUCUAUACCAAGGCAUCACAUCUGGUGCAAGAGCUAAGAUUGCACUCUGAAGUAGCAUAUAUAUCAUUUUCUGCAUAAGCCUAAACUCGGUGGCAAAGAAUCAUUAAGUUUCAGUAAAAGAAUUGAGAUAUAUUCAAGCUCUAAAGGAAGGUAUAAAAAAUUAACAAUGCUGCUGUCCUAGACAAAUCCUUUAAAAAAGAAAAGUAAUUCAUAUGAUGUUUUCCUGUGUGAAGGAAUAUAUAUAUAUAUAUAUAUAUAUGUCUACUUGUCUGGACAUCUGUUGGGUUGGGAGGGCAGAGGGGAGGGGAAUCUAAGGUUAAAAUUAUUUUCUUCCCUACUAGUGGAAAUGAUUCCCAUACCAACAAAUACUGUGUUGGGUUUUUUUUGUCUGAUAAUGAGUUUGUGAAUACUAUCCUGGGGGUAUCUUCUUUUAUUCAAAUGCACUGUUUAGUUUAGCUGUGGUAAAUGGGUAGUUACAUAUUUGAAUAACUUGGUGUGUCCUGAAUGUUGUGGUAUUGAAAACAAAACAAAAACCCAACACGUUGUGGUCUUUCUAAACUAAGUGGAGUGCAAAUAAACUUUUGUAUUUAUGAAUGGCAGUGGAACUGCACCUGUUCUUAGAAUGGCAAGUCACAAACAAUGCUCCAGAUUCUGUCUCUUAGCCAACACUUGGUUGAAUUUCUGUUAGGAUUUCAUUUUCAGUCGGACAGUUCCUGGAGGUGCAGUGAGGAGAGCAGCAGAUGUUAGUUGUUCACCUUGACCUGCUGCUCCAUUGGGGGAGCAGCUGAUGAGGUAGCCUGGCUGAUAGCUUCAAGUAGCAUGUGACUGCUUGUCAUGCUGCCUUAGCAGGCAGUCAGCAAACGAUUAAUUACACUGGCAACACAAGUAUGAACCAGAACUUUCACACUACAGCUUCUCCACUUCUCAUUCUCUGGUGCCAGAACCCAUUUUGUCACUUUGGCCACUCUUGCAGCCAGAACACUGGCACUGAGCAGUAGGGUAAUACCACUGACUGAAACAGCUUCUCCCUCUUUUCUGGAAGGAAAGGGGGGGGAAAAAAGACACAACAAACUGUUACCAUUAGAAAAAUAUUUAUCAAAAGGAUUAAAGCAGAGCCCUUAUUUCGACAACUGAGCUCUGACAUUCUGCAUACAACACAAUGUAGGUCUUUACCACACUCGGAUUUCAACUGACAGCUUAAGGAAGCGUGGUUGAUAUUUGUGCUUAUGUCUUCUGCCACCUUGUGCCUAAGCAGUUUGCUUUUUUAGGUAGUAAACUUGGGGUUUACUAUCACAUUGGUGAGAGAAAAUCAGUUUCUAAAGCACUUGUAGGACUUCUGAUGGUACUGUGGGCAAUAGCAAGGAAGGGAAAACGAUGGGAAAAUGAGUUUUACCUUGACAACCAUUUUAUUUUAGCUGAUUUGUUUUUAUUUGUACUUAGAAACUUGUGAUUUUUUUUUUCCUGACUUUAAUAAAAAUUAAGAACUUUGACUUAGAUAAACUUUCUUUUUCUGUAAUUCUAUGCUGUCUGUAUAUAGGUGGAUUGGGAUCCCAGUCUCUUGUACCAAAAAUUAAAUCCUAUUGCCUUUGAGAAAAACAUA